ACAGAAAGAAACUAACCGCAACAACGAACAACAGACCGCCAGAACAUCCUCGUGGCCCCCAAACCAAACACGGCAAGUCCGCCCGCAAACGGCCGGGCAAAAAUCAUCUGCGUUAACGACGAGUUGAUGCGCCAGAGCGUGCAGCGGCAGACCAGCCUGGUUCCGUUUCUUCGUCUCGCUGGCAAGGUGAUGGCCAUGGAAGGGUAAGUUCGGCGCGUGUUCAGAUUAAGCCCUUUUCAGGGUGGCGGCCGAUGGCGUUUGGUUUCGCCGUUGGGAUGCCGUGCUGCGUGUAUAUAAGCCGGCAGAAGCGCAGGCAAAGGAGUUCACUGCUCUCCGGCGUAAGGAAGAGCUAGGGGUUCGCCGGGCGGCUUCAGAUCCCCGGGCAGGGCGGUGUAGGGGGCGCCGGCGGCGGAGCCCAGAGGUUUACAGAUCAGACACACUAAACCCGUCAGGCACAUCAGUAGAUAGGACAAAGAGCAGUGAAAGAUGAGUUGCAGGAAGGAAGAGGAGAUGUCUGUAGAAAUUGAGGGCCCAGCCGACCCGGAGACGCUAGUUCGCCGCGACUCGUUCUACGGCGACGCCGAGAAGGUCUCCGUCGACAAGCACCACGGCUCCGGGGCAAGCUGGAGGCAGACGCUGCAGCUGGCGUUCCAGAGCAUCGGCGUGGUGUACGGCGACGUCGGGACGUCGCCGCUGUACGUGUACUCGAGCACGUUCCCGCACGGCAUCAAGCACCGGGAUGACCUCCUCGGCGUCCUCUCCCUCAUCCUCUACACCUUCAUCCUCCUGGCCAUGCUCAAGUACGUCUUCAUCGUGCUUUACGCUAACGACAAUGGCGACGGAGGAACCUUUGCGCUCUACUCUCUGAUCUCGCGGUACGCGAAGAUACGGAUGAUACCGAACCAGCAGGCCGAGGACGCGUCGGUGUCCAACUACAGCAUCCAGGAGCCCAACUCGCAGAUGCGGAGGGCGCAGUGGGUGAAGCAGAAGCUGGAGUCCAGCAACGCGGCCAAGAUCGCGCUCUUCACCAUCACCAUCCUCGGCACUGCCAUGGUCAUGGGCGACGGGACCCUCACACCGGCAAUCUCUGUGCUCUCUGCGGUUAGCGGGAUCAGGGAGAAAGCGCCCAACUUGACACAAUCGCAAGUUGUAUGGAUCUCGGUGGCCAUCCUGUUCCUGCUCUUCUCGGUGCAACGCCUCGGGACGGACAAGGUCGGCUACUCUUUUGCGCCCAUCAUCUCGGUGUGGUUCCUCCUCAUCGCCGGCACCGGGGUGUACAACCUCGCCACGCACGACAUCACCGUUCUCAGGGCCCUCAAUCCCAUGUACAUAGUGGAAUACUUCGCGAGGAAUGGCAAGGAGGCGUGGGUCUCACUCGGGGGCGUUAUCCUCUGCAUCACAGGUGCGGAGGCCAUGUUUGCUGACCUUGGUCAUUUCAACAUCAGGGCCAUUCAGCUGAGCUUCAACUUCAUACUAUUCCCCUCCGUCGCUCUAUGCUACAUGGGCCAGGCAUCCUACCUGCGGAAAUUCCCCGAAAACGUUGGCGACACCUUCUACAAAUCAAUCCCAGCGCCGAUGUUCUGGCCGACGUUCAUCGUGGCCAUCUUCGCGGCCAUCAUAGCCAGCCAGGCCAUGCUGUCCGGUGCGUUUGCCAUCCUUUCCAAGGCCCUCUCCCUGGGCUGCUUCCCGAGGGUGGAGGUGGUGCACACAUCCAACAAGCACGCGGGGCAGGUGUACAUCCCGGAGGUGAAUUUCCUCAUCGGCGCCGCCAGCAUCGUCGUCACCCUCGCAUUCCAGACCACCACCAACAUCGGCAACGCCUAUGGCAUCUGCGUCGUCACCGUCUUCUCCAUCACCACGCACCUCAUGACGGUGGUGAUGCUUCUCAUCUGGAAGAAUCACAUGAUCUACAUCGUGGCCUUCUACGUCGUCUUCGGCCUCGCCGAGUUCCUCUACCUGUCGUCCAUCCUCUCAAAGUUCGCCGAGGGAGGGUACCUUCCCUUCUGCUUCUCGCUAGUGCUCAUGGCGCUCAUGGCCACCUGGCACUACGUCCACGUCCAUCGCUACUGGUACGAGCUUGACCACGUCGUGCCGGCAGCGGAGCUCACGGCGCUCCUGGGCCGCCACGACGUGCGGCGGGUGGCUGGCAUGGGUCUGCUCUACUCGGAGCUCGUCCAGGGCAUCCCGCCGGUGUUCCCGCGCCUCGUCGACAAGAUCCCCUCCGUGCAUGCCGUCUUCGUCUUCAUGUCCAUCAAGAACCUCCCCAUCCCGCGGGUGGCGCCGCCGGAGCGCUUCAUAUUCCGCCGGGUCGGCCCCGCGAAGCACCGCAUGUUCCGCUGCGUGGCCCGCUACGGUUACACAGACCAGAUCGAGGGCACCAAGGAGUUCUCCGCAUUCCUCCUCGACCGCCUCAAGAUGUUCAUAGAAGAGGAGGCCGCCUUUGACGUCGACGACCACGUUCGACGGGGAGUGCAGAUGGCAGCCGCGGAGGAGGAGAAGCGAUUCAUCGACGCGGAGGCGGAGCACGGGGUGGUGUACCUGAUGGGGGAGGCGGAUGUUGCAGCGGCGGCGGGUUCCUCGGUCAUGAAGAAGAUGGUGGUCAACUGCGUGUACAACUUCCUGAGGAAGAACCUCAGCGAUAGCCACAAGGCGCUCUCCAUUCCAAAGGACCAGCUGCUUAAGGUCGGGAUCACAUAUGAGAUAUAGAGGAAUAGUUCUUUGUUUCUCUUGAUUGAGUUCAGUGUUUCUAUCUCGAUCGUGAAAUUGUCUAUCAUUAACCUCUGCAAUUCGCAUUUGCCCGAAUGAUCCCGC